AUGCCAGCCUGCUCGUCCCGCGCCGCUGCCGCCCUCGCCUCCGCCGCACCCGCCGCAUUGGCGGGCGACGAACACAGCGCGUGCGCGGCGGAGCUGCUGCGGUUCCUGGAGGAGGAGGUGAGGGAUGCGCUGGUGAGGGAGAGGGCGCGUCUCAUGGACCACCUCACAGCGCUGCCCUUCCUCAAGCCCUUCCCCAGCCACGCCAACUUCAUUCCCUGCGCCCUGCACAACACCCACUGGACUGCCAAGCAGCUCAAGGAGGAGCUGGCAGGGCGGGGCAUCAUGGCGCGGCACUACAGCCAGCCCAACCUCUGCAGCUACAUUCGCAUCAGCGUCAGCAAGCCUGAGCACACAGAUGCACUGUAG